AAUUAAGUAUGGAAGUGGAAGAAGGCAUAAUUACUUUGACAUACCGAGUGAGAAGGCUUCGUUUUUGUCUGACCAUGAUUUAUUUAGGCAUAUUUUGAAGAGGCUUAAGUGCCAAGAUUGGUUCUGAUAAAAUAAUCGAGGCAACUUGAGUUGAAAAAUGCUAGAGGAUUGUAAUAAUAACCUGGGUGAAUAAGAGGCUUCUCUAGAGUGUCUAGUGAGGAGAUAUAUAGUGAAGACACUCAUUGCAAGAAGGAAUGUUUUUCAAAAAGCCAGUGAAAACCAACAGACCGCAACUAGCAUCUUUACCCGCUAUAUCCGACAGCACAGUGCUUAUUCAUGAUACUCCAAAAAUUUCAGACAAUGCUAAAUCAAAUCAUCAAGAGAUGAUUUCCAAAAUUCAGGCUCCAAGCUCCAGAGAGCAUUUCCAAUUAUUUAUGGAGUUGGAGAUGGAGUACAAUAAAGAACACUUGAUGAAGCCAAUCAAGCAAACCAGUUUGGACAAAGACUUAUUAGAUCAAGAAUAUGACCAAGCAGAUAUGAAUAGCCCAAUGCUGUGCUGGGGGUCUCACGUUAUGAAGAAAAAAUCUACCAAAGGAAGAAAGCGGAACCCUGCACACAGCGCUUCUAGUAUUUAUGAACUGAUAUAUGACUCAGUACUGCCAAAGUGGGAGAAGUGCCUCACAUCUAAAGCUAAUCGAAGAGCUCCCAACACUCCUAAAGCACGCUCUGACACUGUCUGGAAGAAGAUUUUGAGAGACGUCAGAGAGUUCUACAGAUUAUUGUUCAGAGCCAGAUUCCACUACCUCGAGUACCAGAACCAGCAAGGAGCAAUUGUUUGCAUCCAAACACUGUUCUCAGAGCUCAAUAUUCCACUGAAGAAUGACGAAGAAUAUCUUCAUAGAGUGUUCAGGUACUUGCAUCAGUCUCACAAAAGCAGGUUUCCUGGUCUUAGCAAAGAGCCAACACCUCUGGAUGCAAUUGAGAAAUACAAUGAAAACUACAGAAGCUUGUACAUGAAAGACGACUUUGGAGCGAGGCUGCUGUAUUUCGUGUUCAAGAACUUCACUCCGGAGUACUGCCUUCUAAUAAAGUCGAGAUAUCAAAGAGAGAUCGCUGAGAAAGUGUGCAUGCUGCUAAACUGCUACAGAAGGAUGAGGAAGACCGAGCAUUUGGAAAGAAUUGAACAUCAUUGAUACUAA